CUCCGAGAGAGAGAGCGCGCGCGCCAACAGAAAGGGUGGAGUGGAGUGGGCCUUGGAGUUGGACUCGGCAACGACAGCAGCUCGCACCGAAAGCGAGGGAAAGCAAUCCAAAUCCGGAGAGCGAAGACGAGGAGGAGGAGGAGAGGAGGCAGUCCAAUCGAGACUAAUCGCCGUCCAGUGACUCCAGUCCAAUCCAAUCCAAUCCGCCGCGGCGCCGGAGGAGGAAGGGGAGGGAGGGAGGGAGAGCGAGUCGCCGGCGACGACGUGACGAUGCGGAGGAGGUUCCAGGACUCGGUGAAGGCCCUCGAGGCCGACAUCGAGCACGCCAAUGCGCUGGCGUCGGAGUUCCUGCGCGAUUACGACGGGGCAGUGAUACAGAUGCGGAUGGCGUACAGCGCCAUCGCGCAUUUCCUCAUCCAGUGGACCGACUGCAAGCUCGCCGGCGCGCUCGGCCUACUCAAGAUCAUGAUAUAUAAGGUAUACGCCGAUGGCACGACGGCUCUACCGGAGUGGGAGAGGGAGGCCAGCAUAAGGCAAUUCUACGGUGUCAUCUUCCCGUCGUUGCUCCAGCUGCCGAGCGGCAUCACUGAAUUGGACGACAGGAAGCAGAGGAGGCUCUGCGUUCAGAAGUUCAGGAAGGUGGAGGAGGGUGUGUCGGAGGUGGAACUGGAGAGGGAGCUCGAGUGCGGCAUCUGCCUCGAGGUGAAUGCCAAGAUCGUGCUGCCGGAUUGCGCGCACUCGCUCUGCAUGAGGUGCUACGAGGAUUGGAAUACCAAAUCAAUGUCGUGCCCCUUCUGCCGAGCCUGCCUCAAGAAGGUGAAGCCGAGCAGCCUGUGGAUAUACACCGACGACCGCGACAUUGUGGAUAUGGAUACCUUGACCAGGGAGAACAUUAGGCGCCUGUUCAUGUUCAUAAGUAAGCUGCCACUGGUAGUCCUCCAUGUGGUUGACCUUGACAUUUACGAGUACCGCAUCAAGUAAACUGUGUUUCUCUUGUUCAUACCAUACCUGUGGGUGUCUGUACAUAUCAGAUUCAUCGGCGCUGAUCAGUGAUAGCUCAACCUGAGGCUGCAAAAUCAGUAGCAGAGUUGUUUGUAGGUCAAUGACUUGACAAUAUUUUUCUGAAAUGAAAAUGCUCAAGUGUA